AGGAGAUUUGCUUGUAAUUUAUCUUGUUUGACACAUUCUCUAAUCUCUCUGUGUAAAUUCAAGCAACCUUCUUUUCCUUGUUUCCAUUUCAAAGUUUCUAUCUUGACCCCAUAAACAUUCUGAAUCCGCGUAUAAAUCACACGCGAUUUCUUAGAAUCUCCAUGUUAUCUUUUUUCCCCGUAAAAACUCUCGAAUUAGCCAGAGUUUUCUAUUUAAUUUGGAUUUUGGAAUAGCAACACCACCCGCUCUUCGAUACGCUUAUAAUCGAUUUGAUUCUUUUUCGCUUUCCAGGAGCUUCGCUUUGUGUCUGAUUGGUCCUCGAGUGUUAAUCUGGUGUUCUUCAGGAAAAUUCAGACCGCAGGUAUGCAGAGCCAGCUUGUGUGCGGUGGGUGUAGGAGUGUUCUUCUUUAUCCAAGAGGAGCAUCAAAUGUGUGUUGUGCUCUAUGUAAUACAGUUACAUCUGUCCCUCCUCCUGGAAUUGAAAUGUCUCAACUUAUAUGUGGAGGUUGUAGGACAUUGCUAAUGUAUACCCGUGGGGCUACAAGUGUUAGAUGCUCCUGCUGUCAUACUGUGAACCUUGCACCAGCUUCCAACCAGGUUGCUCAUGUCAACUGUGGGAAUUGCCGGACGAUGCUUAUGUAUCCAUAUGGGGCCCCGACCGUGAAAUGUGCAAUCUGUCAUUACGUUACUUAUGUUGAUGUGGCCAAUGCUAGGCUUCCACUUCCGGCAAAUAGACCUAAUGCUACACUUGCCUCUGGUGCUGUACCCCCAGCUUCAACAGUAAUCCCUCAAUCUCAGAGCCAAACAGUCGUUGUUGAGAACCCCAUGUCUGUUGAUGAGAGUGGCAAAUUGGUGAGCAAUGUUGUUGUUGGUGUGACAACAGAGAAGAAAUAACACAGUGAGAUUUGAGAUCAUCUGCUGUUUUAUUCAGGGGAUAGCAGUUCAAAUUCGUACUAUGCACCACCCAGAAGGUGGAUAGAAACUAUUGGUUGUGUACAUUUUGUUGAAGAUAGCUAUAAAUGGCAUUCAUUCAAAAAAAAUUGUUUACAAUAUAAAGUUUUAAAGGAAUUCAUUUCUGAUGUAUAUUUUGAAUGUGAGAACUGGCAAACGUGUUCUCGCUGAAAGGGUAUUUUAAGUUUAGCAGAGUGAUUGUGCUUGUGUUUUUUUUCCUUUGACCUGGGCUGUAAUUGAAUAACUUUGAACCCUUUUAAAAUUACAAACAGAAGCAUUUGAGGUA